CUGAUAAAUGGAGCCCGCCAACGGGACCAUCCCGGUCUGUCACCGUUCAGGACCAUUGAUCCGGAUCAGCAGCAUGACGGCUCGGGAGGACACCGAGGAGAAGCCCAAAGUGAAGCUCUUAUCUCCGGGCUUCGGCAUCGACAAGUCCCGGCUGCACGGCUCCGGGUUCCGGUCCAAAGGGUUCGCCAUCACCGACCUGUUGGGCCUGGAGUCGGACCUGCAGGUGCGGCAGCAGCCCGGAGCUCCUCCUCCGGGUUCGGGCUCCGGGCCCGGGGCGGAGCCGCAUGGAGGCUCCGGGGCCCUCGGCGGGUUCUCGUUCCCGGGCGGGUCGCUCCCUCUCGGGCUCGGCUUCCUGUGCAGCCUCGCGGCGCAGCAGCCCGCCGGAGCGCCCUGCUUCCUGCCGGGUCACCUGCCGCUGCUGCAGGCCCGGGCCGAGAACCACUACAUGCAGAACCUGGAGGCCCAGAGGGACGCCUACUCCGAUGAAGAGGGUCUGUCGGACCGCAACGACCCCAAGAACUCCGCAAACUGCCAGAAGAGGAAGAAGAGGAGGCACAGGACCGUGUUCACGUCUCAUCAGUUGGAGGAGUUGGAGAAAGCGUUUCAUGAAGCUCAUUAUCCCGACGUCUACGCCCGAGAGAUGCUCGCCAUGAAGACCGAGCUGCCCGAGGACCGGAUCCAGGUGUGGUUCCAGAACCGGCGGGCGAAGUGGCGAAAGCGUGAGAAGUGUUGGGGUCGCAGCAGCGUCAUGGCGGAGUACGGCCUGUACGGGGCGAUGGUCCGACACUCCAUCCCGCUGCCGGAGUCCAUCCUGAACUCGGCCAAGAACGGCAUGAUGGGAUCCUGCGCCCCCUGGCUGCUCGGUGAGCCGCAUGCACGGAUGCACAAGAAGUCUUUAGAGAUGUCGAAGAAAUGUUCCAGCCCUCCGCAGUCGGACUCCACGCACUGCGACUCUUUCUGCGACGCCCCGGAGCGACGGGGCGGCGGAAAGUCUCGGGAGGUGGCACACGAGGCGGAGCACGAAGAGGACGAGCUGCUGGAGAUGGAGGACGAGGACACGGAGGAGGAGGUGGCCAUCGACCUGUCCAGCUCCUCCAAACAGCAGGAGGCCGCAGGCUCCAUAAGGACCGCCUCCUCACCACGGCGACAGAGCAGCGGCGAGUCGGACGAGCACAGCUGAAGGCUGGAGGACGAGGCAGACAUGAUGACAGCGGUGUGAUUUGAUUGGCUGUCCUUUCAGGGAUCACAUGGACAGCCAAUGUGUGAACAGCCAUGACAUUGUUUGUUACUAUGCAGGUUAGCAUGCUACGUGUUAGCAUGCUAAGAUGUUAGCUUCAUCAAAUGUAAAAUUAAAAUGUUAACAAGCGCUAACUGCUAAUGACAUCACAGUUAUUAGCAUGUUACCAUGUUAACAAGCGCUAACUGUUAAUGACAUCACAGUUAUUAGCAUGUUACCAUGCUAACAAGCGCUAACUGCUAAUGACAUCACAGAUAUUAACAUGUUAGCAUGCUAACAAGCGCUAACUGAUAAUGACAUCACAGAUAUUAGCAUUUUAACAAGCGCUAACUGAUAAUGACAUUACAGUUAUUAGCAUGUUAACAUGCUAACAAGCGCUAACUGAUAAUGACAUCACAGAUAUUAGCAUGUUAGCAUGCUACCAAGUGCUAACUGAUAAUGACAUCACAGAUAUUAGCAUGUUAGCAUGCUAACAAGCGCUAACUGCUAAUGACAUCACAGUUAUUAGCAUGUUAGCAUGCUAACGGUCAUCAGGAGACAGUGGGAUGAAUGUGACGGCGUCUGUGUGUCGUCUGUUUCGUGUUUUUAAGAGAC